GGGGAGUAGGCGGUCCGCGCAGGCGCAGCGUGUGGAGCGCGCCAGAGCGCGGGAAGCGCUGUAGUGGUGUUGGUUCUUGUGAGGUUGCUUCGUGUAUACCUGGGUUGAGGAGGAAAGAUGCCGGCCACCCAGAAGCCCAUGAGAUACGGACACACAGAAGGACACACGGACGUCUGUUUUGAUGACUCUGGGAGCUGCAUCGUGACUUGUGGACGUGACGGUGAUGUGCGGAUUUGGAAAGACUUGGACGACGAUGACCCCAAGUCCAUCAACGUUGGCGAGAAGGCGUACUCAUGCGCUCUGAGGAAUGGGAGACUGGUCACUGCUGUCUCUAACAACACCGUCCAGGUGCACACGUUCCCCGAGGGGGCUCCGGAUGGCAUCCUCACACGCUUCACAACCAACGCCAACCACGUGGUCUUCAACAGAGAUGGGACCAAAGUUGCCGCUGGCUCAGGUGAUUUCCUCAUCAAAAUCGUGGAUGUGACGGAUAGCGGCCAGCAAAAGACACUGCGAGGACACGAUGCCCCUGUUUUGAGUCUUGCUUUUGAUCCUAAAGACGUCUUUGUGGCAUCAGCCAGCUGUGACGGCUGUGUCAGAGUGUGGCAAAUUUCAGAUCAGACGUGUGCUGUGAGUUGGCCACUGUUACAGAAAUGCAACGAUGUGAUAAACGCAAAAUCCAUCUGCAGACUCGCUUGGCAGCCUGGAAGUGGGAAGUUACUGGCAGUUCCAGUGGAAAAGUCUGUGAAGCUGUAUAGAAGAGAAACCUGGAGUAAUCAGUUUGAUCUUUCAGAUGGCUCCAUUUCUCAGAGCCUCAAUGUGGUAACCUGGUCCCCCUGUGGGCGCUAUGUAGCUGCAGGUAGUACCAACGGCCUAAUUGUAGUUUGGGAUGUGGAAGCCAAAGCCUGUGUGGAAAGGGUGAAACAUGAGAAAGGCUACACAGUCUGCGGCCUGGCCUGGCACCCUACCUGUGGGCGCAUCUCGUACACAGAUGCACAGGGGAACCUGGGGCUGCUGGAGAACGUGUGUGAGCCCAGCGAGAAGGUGUCGGGCAGCAAGGUCCCUAGCAGCGUGGAAAAGGAGUACGAUGACCUGUUCGAUGGAGACGAUAAAGGUGAUGCGGGAGGUUUUCUAGAUGACAACGCAGUGGGGAUCUCCUCUUUUCCGAGAGGGAUUACAAACGAUGAGGAUGACGAUGAUCUCAUGGUGGCCUCAGGUCACCCUCGACAGCGAAACCACAUCCUAGAAGAUGAUGAAAAUUCAGUAGAUGGUGCAGGACUGAAGUCCGGGCUUCUCAGAGAGGAGGAAGAGGACCACACAGGCAACUUGCGUGGCCUGCCACCAGCAGCAUCCCAGAGGCCACUGUGGGACGGGCCCAGGCCAACUCCCCGGCAGAGGCCAUUCCAGCCGGGGUCCACACCCGCCUACCUCACCCACAGGUUCAUGGUGUGGAACUCUGUCGGAAUCAUCCGCUGCUACAAUGACGAGCAGGACAAUGCCAUUGACGUGGAGUUCCACGACACCUCCGUGCACCACGCCACACACCUUGCCAACAGCUUGAACUACACGGUCGCGGACCUCUCCCACGAAGCUAUCUUGUUGGCAUGCGAGAGUAUGGAUGACUUGGCAAGCAAGCUUCACUGCCUGCACUUCAGUUCUUGGGACUCCAGCAAAGAGUGGAUGGUAGACAUGCCCCCGAACGAGGACAUUGAAGCCAUCUGCCUGGGCCAGGGCUGGGCCGCUGCCGCCACCAGCGCCCUGCUCCUGCGGCUCUUCACCAUCGGGGGCGUUCAGAAAGAGGUCUUGAGCCUCCCUGGGCCCGUGGUGUCGCUGGCGGGACAUGGAGAGCAGCUGUUCGUCGUUUAUCACAGAGGUACUGGGUUCGAUGGAGAUCAGUGUCUUGGAGUUCAGCUGUUAGAGUUGGGGAAGAAGAAAAGGCAGAUUCUGCGCGGUGAGCCGCUUCCACUCACAAGGAGAGCCCACCUGACCUGGGUCGGGUUCUCGGCUGAAGGUACUCCCUGCUAUGUGGACUCUGAAGGCUGCGUUCGGAUGCUAAACAGAGGGCUGGACAACGCAUGGACGCCUGUGUGUGACACCAGGGAGCACUGCAAGGGGAAGUCCGACCACUACUGGGUGGUGGGGAUCCACGAACACCCCCAGCAGCUCAGGUGCAUCCCCUGUAAAGGUUCCCGGUUCCCCCCCACCCUUCCACGCCCUGCGGUGGCUGUGCUGCCCUUUAAGCUUCCGUACUGUCAGACCGCAUCGGAGAAGGGCCAGAUGGAGGAACAGUUCUGGCGUUCGCUUCUGUUUCACAACCACCUGGACUACUUAGCUGAAAAUGGUUACGAGUAUGACGAGAGCACUAAAAAUCAAGCAGUAAAAGAACAACAAGAGCUCUUAAUGAAAAUGCUUGCGCUUUCUUGUAAACUGGAGCGAGAAUUCCGUUGUGUGGAACUUGCAGAUCUGAUGACUCAAAAUGCUGUGAAUUUAGCCAUUAAAUAUGCUUCUCGCUCUCGGAAAUUAAUACUGGCCCAAAAACUUAGUGAGCUGGCUGUAGAGAAGGCAGCUGAAUUGGCAGCCACCGAGGCGGAGGAGGAGGAGGAGGAGGAGGAAGAGGAGGAUUUCAGACAAAAGCUGAGUGCCGGUCACAGCAGGACGGCCACAGAGUGGGGCCAGCCACGGCUAAGAAACCAGGUGGAAGAAGAUGCUGAGGACAGUGGUGCUGACGAGAUGGAAGAGAACCCCGAACCCCACAGGCACGGACAGAACUCGUUCUCCAAAAGUGCCAGUGCUUCUGAUGUGCCAGCUGUUAAGUCAGGUGCAGUUACUCCUGGCAGCCAAGGACGGGUGAACCCCUUCAAGGUGUUGGCCAAUUCCAAAGAGCCAGCCCCAGCCAUGAACCCACCACGUUCAACCAAUAUUUUAGACAGUAUGAGCAGACUGCCCAGGAAGCCCAGUGCCCCGCACCGGGCAGCCGGCAGCGAGAAGUCCCCGGUCAUCAAGCCUCUGCUUCCAAGGCCAAAGUCCAAGCAGGCCUCUGCAGCAUCCUAUUUCCAGAAGAGAGCUGCUCAGGCCGACCAGCCUUCGGGAGUGAAAGCAGAGGACCCCACACCCACGCACACCACCUCCCCAGCCCCCGCGGCUCCCACGUCGUGUUCCCCGGAUGCUGAAACCCAGAGGCCGAAGACUGGGUUCCAGAUGUGGCUGGAGGAAAAUAGAAGUAAUAUUUUGUCUGACAAUCCUGACUUUUCAGAUGAAGCAGACAUAAUCAAAGAAGGAAUGAGUCGAUUUAGAGUUUUGUCAGCUGAAGAAAGGAAGGAGUGGACUAACAAGGCCAAGGCGGGAGCUGUCGGCGACGGAGGUAAAGCCAAGAAGCGAAAACACGGGGCGGAUGGGAGUCAUGACGCGGAAAGCCAGGAGGAAGCGGCGAAGGAAAAUCUGAAUUUGCCCAAAAAGCAAAAAUCUUUGGAUCUGUCUGCUAAUCAGAAACUGUCAGCCUUUGCUUUUAAGCAGGAGUGAAGGUCGGAAGUGACCUGGGGAAAACAAAGCUGUUUUUGCUCCUCUUUGAUGAAUCUGAACUGUUUCUCAGUCUUGAUUGCGUGCACUGCUGCCUUAGAUUUCUAGGGAGCUGCGGGAUGCUCAUCUCUGGGGUGCAGCACUUCGUAGCACAUGUGGGGCCCUGAGCUGGACCUCGGCACUGGGGAAAAGUGUGCAGGAAAUGACAUUUGUAAAAACAGUCAUCUUGGCAAAUUGCUUUGCUUGCAGAUGGAGCAGAGCCAUCUCGAUUGUGAUUGUUCAGUGGAAACCAUAGCCAUGUUCACUGUAAGCCAGUUUGGGUUUUUUUUUAAUUUGUUUUCUGAGACAGGGUCUCACUCUGUAGUUCAGGCUGGCCUCGAACUUGCAGAGAUCCUCCUGCCUCAGCUUCCUGAGUGCUGGGAUUACACCACUAUGCCUGGGUCAUUAUUUUCAAACAUAUUCAAAACCAGGGUGUUAACAUCUCUGCAGGCUGAACUACCUUCUAGGUAUUUGCUCUAUUUAUGUCGAGUCCUGGGGAGAACCAGCCACGGCUCCUCCCACGCAUGCUACCAGAGACCUGGGAAUGACAUUUCUUCUUAAAUGUGCACCCUAAACCUGUAAAUAAUCUUGUUGAUGAGUCCCGAUUUCUUGUUUGUGUUUUAAAAAUUUGUCAUAUAUUGCUGUUAAUUGUCUGUAAGCCGGGGGCUGGGGAUUUAGCUCAGCAGCAUAAGCGCCUGCCUUGCAAGCAGGCAGUUGUGAGUUCAAUCCCUGGUACCGAUAAAAAGGAAAAAGACAAAAAAAAAAAAAAAAAAAUUUGUCUGUAAGCCUUUUUUUUUUUUUUUUUUGAUAAAUAAAAUGCUUUCAUUUCCA